GCAAUUACCUUAUUGGAUCGUCUUGGGACAACAAGGUGCGGUGCUGGGAAGUCUCACCGCAGGGCCAAAGCAAAGUAAUGGGCGAUAAGGAACACACACAACCCGUUCUAGACACAUGCUGGUCUCCGGAUGGCGCGAAGGUCUUUAGCAGUGGCUGUGAUAAAACGCUGAUGCAAUGGGAUCUGGCGAGCAAUACAUUUCAGCAAGUGGGCGCUCACGACGCGCCGAUCAAAACAUGCCACUACG